UCACGUAAAACUUAUAGAAGUUGCUAAGGAAAUUGAGGAAAUUUUCCACAACGUCCUUCUAGUUAGUUUCACAAUGAACAGCCUAGUGACUUGCUUAAUAAUCUUUCGUAUUACUAAUACUCCAUUAUUCGGCGCCGCCUUUUGGAAUAUGUUUCUGUACCUCAGCGGAACUUUCGAUUUAUUUUUCUUGCAAUGUUGCCUGCUCCAGAAGAUAAUUAAUGAAUCUUGGAAUAUAUCUCACGCCUGUUUUGAAGCGUAUCAUCCUGGGCUGGAUAUUCGUAUACAUAAAGCGUUGGUGAUUGUUAUGAACCAAUGUCAAAAUAGUCCUGUUCGUGUAACAAUUGGAAAAUUUGUCGCAAUCUCUCAUGCUACAAUUAUUGCUAUUAUAAGAUUAAUUUACUCGUUUUUGAUGUUGUUACUUCAUCUGAAAGCACAGCAGUAAUCUUCAAUGAAUCGUAAUAAAUUAAUUAGAC